AUGCGACUCACCAAGACCGAGCUCAACUCGGUGCCCAUCUACAACCUCUCGAGCGUGGGCAAGGCGCUCCCGCUCUGGGUCCACGACAAGAAGUCGCGCGCCGGCAAGGCGCGGGCGAAGCUGCGUCCUGCUGAUGCGGCGGGCGAGCACGUCGAGGUGAUCCAGGACCUGUUCUUCCCGACGAUGUGCGGCAAGGCGAAGCUCUCGAGCGACGGCGAGACGCUCCUCACGACGGGCGGGUACCCGCCUCAGCUUCGCGCGUUUGAGCUCCGUGAGCUGUCGCUCAAGUUUGAGCGGCACUUCAACGCCGAAGUGGUCGACUUCCAGGUGCUGUCGGCGGACUGGAAGAAGGCAGUCUACCUGCUCGCGGACCGGUCGGUCGAGUUCCACACCCAGUUCGGCAAGCACCACACCACGCGCAUCCCGGUGCACGGCCGCUGCCUCGGCUACCAGCCAGAGACGACAGAGCUGCUGCUCGCCGGCGCCGGGCCGGAGGUGUACCGACUCUCGCUCGAGCGGGGCGCCUUCCUGCAGCCGCUCGACUCGGGCGCGGCCGGCGUCAACGCGAUCGGCGUCGACCCCACCCACGGCAUGGUUGUCCUCGGCACCGCCGACGGAACGGUGCAGUGCUGGGACCCCCGCCAGCGAUCGUUGCUGGGCGCGGCGUCGCCGUUCGCGGCGAUCGACGCGGUCGACGGGUUCGGCGGCGGGGGUCCGGCUCCGGCGGGCGGGCUCCACCUCGGGUCGCCCGAGCGGUCGGUCACUUCGGUGCGUUUCGACCCGGGAGGGCUGCUGCUCGCGGCUGGGACGUCGUCGGGGCACGUGGCUCUGUACGACGUGCGGUCGUCUCGGCCGGACCACAAGUACGGCCUGCCGGUCCACUCGAUCAAGUUUCACCAGGGCAAGUGCGUCUCUGCCGACGCAAAGAUCAUCAAGAUCUGGGACCACGCCGGGGCGGUGGACGCGUCGGGGGAGCCGCCCACGUUCGCGUCGAUCCAGCCGCCCGCCGACGUCAACGGGCUCUGCGCCUUCCCCGACUCUGGCCUCCUCUUCGCCCCGCUGGAGGCGGAGCGCGCGUACUUCAUCCCCGCGCUCGGCCCCGCGCCAAAGUGGUGCCACUUUGUCGACUCGCUCACCGAAGAGAUGGAGGCGGCCCCUGCGGCCGCCGUGUACGACGACUACAAGUUUGUGACGGCCGAGGAGCUCGGCUCGCUCGGCCUCAGCUCGCUGGUGGGCACCAAGGCGCUGCGGCCGUACAUGCACGGCUUCUUCGUCGACUCGCGCCUGCACGCCAAGGCCGUCUCCCUCUCCCAGCCCUUUGCCUACGAGCAGUGGCGCAAGCAGCGCGUGCAGGAGCGGCUCGGCGCAAAGACGGCGGGCCGGAUCGCACCGGUCAAAAAGGAGAGGCCGCCCAAGGUCAACGCGGCGCUGGCGGAGGAGAUUGCGACGCGCGAGCGGCAGGCCGCGCUCUUCUCGGACAAGGACUUUGAGAUUGACGUGACGAGCGAGGAGUACCUCGCCCGGAGGCCGCACGCGCGAGGGCAGCUGGCGCCGGCGCCGGCGCCGCCCCGCAACCGCGAGCCGCGAAUGGUUGGCGUGCAAAGCGACGUGCUCGCGGGCGGCGCGUCGAGCAUGGCUCCGGGUGGGGGCGCCAAGGGCGCAGCGGGCGCCAAGGGCGCUGGCGGCGGCAGAGGGCGCGGCUUGCCUGGCGCUGGCGGAGGCGAGAGGUCGGAGAGGCGGGGCAUGCUUGAGCGGCACCUGACGCCCCAGCGCGGCAAGGGAGGCAAGGGAGGCAAGGGGAAGGGGAAGGGGAAGGGCGGCAUCAGCAAGCGCGGCGGCGGGCGUGGCGGCGGUCGGAGGUGA